AUGUCAGGAGACAAUCAUCAUUUACACGUAGCAGUGCACCCUAAAUAUGAGUUAGAUUUUGGAACUAUAAUUAGAAUCAUCCUAGUUACAGGAUUUUUCUUUUCUGUAGUUAUCGGUAUAUUUAUGGGCUCAAGCAGAUUCAAGAAAUAUCUUCUUCUUGAAAAACUAAGAUAAUAAUUCAAGUCAUAAUGGAAUCCAAUUAUCGGGUUUUUCCACCCUUAAUGUGAUGGAGGAGCAGGUGGUGAAAAGGUCUUAUACUAAGCUAUUCAGGCUAUUUAGAUCGAUAACAAAUUCAAGAAUUCAUAAGUAAUGAUUUACUCUGGCUCUCAAUUAAGCCCAGAACAAAUCUUAGCAGCUGUAGAGUCAAGAUUUUCAAUCAAAAUUAAAAGGGAGAAUUUGAGCUUUGUGAAUCUGCGAUUAUCAAAUAAACUUAAGCCAGAUAAUUAUCCAAGAUUCACCAUCCUUUUUCAGGCUUUAGCAUCUAUUUAAGUAUGCUUUGAGGCCAUGUCCCUUGCUCCAUGUGACAUCUUUAUUGAUACAAUGGGAGUGGGUUACGCCUAUCCUUUUGUUAAGUUAUUCUUUGGUCCAAAGAUAAUUUCCUACACUCAUUAUCCAAUUGUGAGUUAUGACAUGCUUAAUACUGUUGGAUCAAACACUGUCUAAUACAACAAUAGCUAAGCAAUCGCAUAAAGUAAAAUCAAGAGCAGUAUUAAAAAGGCAUACUACUAUAUUUUAAUAGUUCUAUAUAAAGUUGCUGGUUACUUUAUUGACUAAAUUGCUACUAACUCAUCUUGGACUAAUAAUCAUAUCCUACAUGUAUGGAAUGCUCCAAAGAAAACUCAAAUUAUCUAUCCACCUAUUGACACAAGAGAGUUCAGUGUACUUGACCUUAACAAAAGAAGAAAGAAUAUAAUGGUAUCAAUGGCAUAGUUUAGACCAGAGAAAGAGCAUGAUCUAUAAAUUAGAAUUUGGGCUAAUGCUCUAGAAUAGCUUCCACAAGACUCAAAAUUCUACAUGAUUGGAACAGUGAGAGACAAGGAUGAUGAAAGAAUAGUAGAGCAAUUAAAAGACUUAGCUUAAAACUUAGGAGUCUAAGAUAGUGUUAAGUUUGAGAUUAAUCAGCCGAGAAAUACAGUUAUUUCAAUCUUCGAAAAUGCAAAAGUUGGAGUUCAUACUAUGAAAUAUGAACAUUUUGGUAUUGCAGUUUGUGAACUAAUGGCUGCUGGUAUAGUGACAAUAGCUCAUAACUCUGCUGGACCUAAAGAAGAUAUUAUUGGAGCGAAUGAGAGCUAAGUGGGUUAUUUGGCAGAAAGUGAAGAUGAUUAUGUGAAAUUUGUGUAACUUGGAAUGAACAAUUUUGAAAAACUUGGGUAAUAAUUCAAAUUGUAUUGA